UCCUGGCCCAAUCCAUUAUCUUUGUUUUUACUGGCUAUGUAUGGAUCAGUUCAGUCCUUUCCUUCCUGUUUCACAACCUGGCCACUCAUCCUGAGAUCCAGCAGAAAUUUCAGGGGUUAGAUGCAGUUUUGCCCAACAAGAUUUAGCAAGGAAAACAAGGAGAGCAUCAACCCCUAUGCAUACCAGCCCUUUGGCACUGCUCCCCAGAAUUUCAUUGGGAUGAGAUUUGCACUUAUUAGUAUGAAAGCUGCAAAUUGUCAACUCCUGCAGGAAUUUUUCUUCAGAACUUCUAAAGAGACACAGGUUCUUCUGAAGCUGAACAGUCAGACAAUCCUUUCACCAUCUGUACAAGGAUCCAAUUGGUCAUGUUCCAAAAGAAAUGAUCCCCAGUGGAUUAGUACAACUCAGUAUUACUAGACUAUAGAGAUUCGGUGGAAGAACAUAGAGAAAAUAAUGAAUUGAGUGUCUGUUUAUUAUUUUUUAUAAACAAUUAUCCUUGACAAUUACAAUUAUACUGAAUGUAGUAAUAUUCUGCAGAGCAUAUCACAUAUUUUUAAUAUUUUGCAUAAGUCUAAGCAAAAUAUUUUUUACUUUCUGGGUUUUUUUUUCAUUGAUUUCCUUUGGGACUGUGUCUUCUUUCACAACAUGACAAACAUGUAUAACCUAUUCUAAAUUGUUUCCUGUGUUUGGGAUGGGUUGGUCAGGAAAAGAGAGAGAAAAAAUUUGGAACUUAAAAAUUUUUUAA